AAGGGGCUUUUCGCUGAGGUGAAGCGGCUUUAGGAAACAGUGUUGCUUCCGGUUGUUUCCACACGUGUUGCAGGAUACGACAAAUCCUGAUUAGCUUGACCAUGGUGUUUUUCUCCUGUAACGUAUGUAAUGAAGCCCUUAAAAAGAACCAGGUUGAAAAACACUGCAUGACAAAAUGUCGAAACUGUCAGUCUGUAUGUUGUAUUGACUGUGGCCAAGACUUCUGGGGAAAUGACUUCGAGAAGCACACAAAGUGUAUCAGUGAAGACCAGAAGUACUCUGGGAAGGGAUAUGUGGCCAAAGUCAACAAAGGCGAGGCCAAGCAGGAUCGCUGGAUAGAGCAGGUCCAGUCAGCCAUAGAUAACCAGAGGGGAGGCAACCCCAGACUACGAGGCACCCUGGAGAGCAUCAAGAACUAUCCUAACAUUCCUCGAAAGAAGAACAAGUUUGAGAAUUUCCUGAUGAACAGCCUACGGAUCCGUGAUCCAGGCUUAAUCUCCCAGCUGUGGAAUGUGCUUAUGGAGCAGGCUGUCAAGAACAUGCAGCACGCUGCUCAGGACAAGCAAGAUCACAAUAAGGCAGCAGCAGAAGCUGAGAAAACACUGACACAACAAACAUUCAAAACGGUGUCAGUGAAAAUGGACACGCAGAGAAAGAGCAGAAAGAGUAAGAGAGAAAGGAAGGAAGAAAGGAGGAAAAAGAUGAAUAAAAAGGAGAAAAAGGACAAGAGUGGAGCAGACGAUGAAGAUGAGGAACCAACAGAAGAGCAGUCGAAGUCAAAGAAGAAGAAAAAACGGAAACGUGAGGAAGAGCAGGUUGAAGUCAAGGGAAAGAAGAGGAAGAGGAUGGAGGAAGAUGAGGUGGAGGAAGAACCAGAUGAGCCUGAAGAGGAGGAGGAGGAGCCUGUUAAGAAAAAAACUAAGUUUGACUGGGAAAGUGUGAUCACUGAAGUGUUGACAUCGAAAGGGGAAAUUGCAAUCAAGAAAUUGAAGAAAAAGGUCAUCUCGGAGUAUCUAUCACAGAUGGGACCACCAAAGUCCGAGGAAAAGCUUUGGGCUAAGUUUGAGAAGAAGGUUUCCAAAAACCCAAACUUCAAAGUAACCAAAGAACGGGUUAAACUUGUAGGAGAGACGUGAUAUAGGAUUUGUGUUUUAUGAUGGUAUCAAUAUGUCUACACUGUUAAUGAAAAAUAACAUCUUCAACAGAUGUUUAUGACUUGUCUAAUAACUCAAAGCGAGAGUGUAGACUGUUUUACUGUGAAAUUGAAAUAAUUUUACAAAGCAUUAAGGAAUUUAUUCUUAACAAUGAUACCCAAACAUAAUGUUCAAAAUAGUGUAAUUUGAAGGUAUGGAAAUGAAUUCCAUGCUGUUAUUUUAAACAGCUAUGUGGUAAUAUCAGUACAGCCAAAGUAGAGGAAGACCUUAUCAACAUAAUCACUGGUCUACUUCUGAGAAUGAUAUGUGUUAAAUAUCAAGACUCAAAAGUUUAGAGUGUCCCAAAUUGUAGAUCCCACUUAUCGUAAAUACCCUAUGUCAUGUUUCACACAGCGAUCAUAAUGGUACGGCUAUCAUAACUCUCACUCUCACAGUUUAACAUGGACUUAUGACAGUCGUUGUGCAAUGAUGACUUCACGAAACUAGACCACAGACCUUCUUGGUCUCUUUCAUCAUUUACAGAUCCAGAGGGUGGUUCAAUGGAUGCUCACUCCCAGAGAGGGAUGGUGGGGUAGCGUAAUGAUUUAAAGAGUCCACUCGUCACGCUGAAAAUCCAGGUUCGAUUCCACAUACGGGUACAAUGUGUGAAGCCCAUUUCUGUAGUCCUUUACCAUGAUAUUGCCAUGAUAUUGCUAAAAGUGAUGUAAAAACAUAUUUACACGCUUCCAGAGAAUUUCCAUUGCAGAUGAGUGUAGUUGAAUUUAUUGCUUAGUUUUUGCUCACUAUGAAUCUAAAGCUAUGGUAGAGAGUGGAUUCAGAAUAGAUGUGUGAGUAUGAUCUUAAGCCACUUGUGCAAUAUUUCAGCAAUAUCAUGGUUGGGGAUACUGGGAAUGGGCUUCACACAUUGUACAUUUGUGGAGAACUGAACCAGGACUUGAGUGUGACAAGCCAACGCUUUAACCAUGAUAACCAUUAGGCUAACCCACCUAAGAUGUGUUCAUAAAGUCUGAGGGGAAGUAUUUCUUUCUGAAAUGUACUUACAGUUGAUGAUAACAUCCCUGAUAGUCCAGCGUAUCAUAAUUCCAUUCCAUUAUGAUUACUACUCUGGAACUCGUGAAGAUCUGGGUUAGAAUAUUGAUCUUCAGUAACCCAUGCUUGUUGAAAGAGGCAACUAACCGGAUCAGGUGCUCAGGCUCACCGACUUGCUUGACACAUGUCACGGUAGAUUGAUGUCUUUGUAUACCAGUUGCGUAGAUCGAUGCUAACGCUAUUGAUCACUGGAUUGUCUGGUCCAGACUCGAUUACUUACAGACCGCUGCCAUAUAGCUGGAAUAUGGCUGAGUGCGGCGUAAAACUAAACUCACUUAUUCACGUUACUACUGUAGACUCAUUCCAUUUCAUUUUAAAUCCAAUACAAUUGGCAACACACUAAUAAUAGCCAAUCAUUAGAACUACACAAAAUUGCUUACGGGCACUCCUUAUAAGGGAAGUAACAAUGUCGUGUCUCAAAUACAACCUGGAAUUUCCGGUAGCAGUAGGCAUGUCCCUAGCCUUUAUUCUUAAGAAAAGAUUUUGUUUAUCUGAAAGUUCAUUCUGAUUUGUAAGAAAGUCCUUGAUUUAGAAAUAUAUAUUUGAUGGACUUGCUUGAAUGAGGCUGCUAGUACUACUUGGCUUGUUUUAAUGUAGAUCUGUGCCAAACUGAUUCAAACUCAUGAGCAGCAGAAAUUUUGUGCUUGAUGAGAAAUGAUUGGGAAAGGUUGUAACAUUACUUCCACAGCACACAUUCAGUGGCGUAGGGAUCCAGCUUAGAGCAUGAUGGAAUGGUUGUAUAAUAAUAGUCUGGUGGGUCAAAGAUGGCACAAUGAAAAAAGGUGGUUCAAUCCACUUAAAGUAAGUAAACAAUAUUUUUGCAUUUCAUGAAUUUUUUAGUGUAUUAUCUCAGUCAUUUUACUGAGGCCAUAUGGCGGAGGGCUCAAAGGGAGGUAACUGUGUAUCACUGUUCUACUCCCAUCAUCCUUCACUGAUUGUAUGAUGUAUCUUUUCACUUAUAGAAUGGAAAUGUUGUUACAUCAUUGUUGGAGAAGAAUGGAAAUAAAGUUAUCUACAAACAUAAA